AUGGAGAACAUCGACGAGAAAUAUGAUUACCUUCGCGACUGCGCGAAGAAGGCUGAGAGUUUUAAAACCACCAAGAGACGCCUGUCUCUUGAAACUCUCGAGCUGAUACGCCAGCGGUAUUGCAGAGAGGUGAUAAAGGAAAACCUCAGAGAGAGAAGUGCAGAACAGCUGGCUGAAGCUGCAGAAGCGUGGAAAAGCAUCCGCUAUGCCCGUCGAGACUUCGCUAGUCGCAAGACAAGGAUGAUUGCUCUCCGGAACACGAAGGGAGACAUGUCUGUCUCCCCGUCCGAUGGUAAGGAGGCAAGUGGACAUGGCUGUCGAAGAGAUCAGAGUAGAGUCGCAGAUGAUUUUCUCCAUCCCCCUUCUCGAUGCAUUCCAGAGGUUCUCCUGUCCGAAAUACGACAUGCUGGUAAGAAAACGUACGGCACCCGGUCCCGACAGAAUAAGACCAGAACACCUGAAGAGCCUCCGCCAGUACUCAUCAACACCCUGGCGAGGCUCUUUACACGUUAUAUGUCGGAAUGCAAGGUUCCUAAACAGUGGAAGACCAGCAAGACCGUGUUGUUGUGUAAAAAGGGAGAUCCACAUAACAUCGGCAAGUAUCGCCCAAUCUGCUUACUGUCCGUCAUCUACAAGCUCUUUACAAGAGUGAUCCUUAAUAGGAUUGAAAAUGUCUUGGAUGAAGGACAGCCAUGCGAGCAAGCAGGGUUUCAAAAGAAAAGGAUUCAGCACGAUUGA